AUGAAGACUAGUGGUGGCCGAUUGCGUCCACUUGUAGCUGUACUUGGCCCAACUGGUUCUGGAAAAUCACAAAUAGCAUUUGCAUUGGCCAAAAAAUUUAAUGGAAGCAUUAUAAAUGCUGAUGCUAUGCAGAUGUACAAAGGAUUAAAUAUUAUUACCAAUAAACCCACUCCUUCUGAGUUAAACGCGUGUCCUCAUCAUUUAAUUGACUUUUUGGACCCUUUAUAUGAAAAUUAUAAUGUCAAGAUGUACAAGCUUGAUAAGUUAAUUGAUGAAAGAGUUGAUAAAAUGCUGGAAAAUGGUCUGGUUGAUGAACUUGUCGAUUUUCAUCAUCGUUAUAGUGAAAAUCAGACCUAUGAGGGGUGUAGUAGACCUGAAUGCUAUUGUGUAUAUAAAUUAGAUGCCACAGGAUCCAAGGAUCUGUCGACAGACGUAAUUCCAAUGGCAAUUACCAUUGUUGCUGACUAUUUGGCUGUAUUGUCUCUGGUGAUUAUAAUUCAGAAACGUUCUCAGAUAUUACCCGAUCAGUAUGCAAACUGUCAAGCAAUGCAAGCACUUUUUAAGAUUAUCAAAAUACCAUAUAAUGUAGAAUAUUAUAAAAAUGCAGAAGAAAUUUCUCCAAACG